UAAAAUUUUUGUUUGUAAUGUCGUAUUAUUUAUUUCAGGUGUAUUAAUGUAUUUAAUUUUGCUUUAUACUUAGUGAAAGAAACAUAAAUAUAUUUAUUGUACCACUACAGAAUGUAUCAUACUAAGUUUAUUUUAUUUGUGUACCCUUGUAGUUGAUGUGAAUGUUGUGUUGUCAAGUGUAGUUCUUUUGUGAGAUUUGACAUAAAUAAGGAUAAUUAUAAACAACAUGAUAACUAAAUAAGAAACUAAAAAUGACUGAAAGGGCAUACGACGGAGAACAAUCAUCAUCUGCGUGGGAUAUUCCUGGGCCGUCAUCUAUAGCUGCAAUUUUAGAUACUGUGUAUACGUCUCCGGCCUCUGAUAAUAUACUACGGAAUGAGGAAAUGGAAUGUGAUCCAUUAUUUGCUGAAAGUGACGAUGAAGUAGAAGUCUUGCCUGUCCCUAUUGAAGUAAUGUCAGAAAGAAGUGCACCAACACCAAAAAAUGCUAUAUCAUCAAGUUAUGUGAAUUCCACUUCACCAAUCCAACCUUUAUCCCAUCCUGUAUCUGCAUAUACUCCUGUCCCUGAAGAAUAUCAACCUUUGCCUGACAGUUCUAGUUCUAUUGAAUAUGGUCUUGGUAGGAAUAACCCAGAUAGUACUAUUUCACAUGGACCAGGACUUCAUGAUUUAAAUAUGCGUUAUCAACCAAAACCUGCUAACCAACAAAGUGGCUAUUUUUACCCUAAUUAUAUACACUAUGCUAGUGUAAGACCUACUGCAGAGUAUAUAGUAGCCCCAUACCCCUCGAACAAUAUGAUUGUACUCGGUGAAGACAGGAGUCAUGUACCAAUAAACUACACACUUUCAUCUAAUCAGCCACAAAUUCAAGAUACCAAUAUGACACACAUAGGAUAUGAACAUAUGUCCACUGUUAAUGAUUCUCUUAAUCACUUUCCUAGCAAUGGAAGUCGAAAUCAAGGGCAUGCAAAUAAUUUAGAAAGACCAAGUCGUAAAUUAAAUAUAUCCCCAAGGAGAAAACAAUCAAAGGAAAAUGAAAGUAAUCCUAACACAAUAGAAGUAAGUUCAGAGGAGGAAGACAAUUUAUCAACACCUAGUAAAAAGCAAUGUGACAGUAAUAUCACUAGAGAAGUGUCAAAUUCAAAUAGAGAUCAGGGCAAUAGUUCAAGACCUGGAGGUAGCAGUUCUAGUUCAAGCACAAGGGUAGAUGUAAAAAGAGAACCACAAGAACAAACCGAGAUGUUAACACGGGCUAACAGGGUAACUGCUAAUCAAGCUCAAGCUGAACACACCUAUCAAGCAAAUAGGCCAAGUAACCAAAAUCAAGCACAAACUACACCAAGGCCACCAUUUGGGAAUUUACCUCAGCAUCAUAAUAUACAAGUGAAGCAAGAAAAUCCUGCUGUCUCUCGCACUCCCCAUAGUUGUACUUGUCGAAGUAACCAUGUGCACACAUGUUCGUUCCUCACACAAGCAGAUCAAAACAUGGCUCACAGAUCAAGCCCGAAUUACUUUAACUAUCACAAUGGGUCACACCAUCAUCACCAUCACCACCACCACCAUCAUCAUAGGACUUUCCAUAAUGCUCAUGACAAUCCAGCAGGUUCAACAAAUCCAAUCUCAAACAUUAAAGAAGAGCCUGGUUUGCAGCCAAUUGUGAAAGUGGAAAAUGUAAUAGAACAACAAAGUCAAAAUAAUAACCGACAGCCACAAGCAGCAAUAGUAAAGGUUGAAUCAAUGGAACAGGUUCCAGUAAAAUCAGAACCCGGGACAUCAAGUCCACGGCGGAGCAAACAAAGUAGUAGCAAUAAUGAUUCUAUCCAAGUCAAAUCAGAACCUCAAUCUGUAUCCAGAAAACGUGAUAUUGAUGGAGUUGACCGAAGAGCUAAAGAUUCUUCUCCUCAACCGGGCACUAGUUCUGGAAGAAUUCCACAGUCAGAAAAUUACACAACAGCAAAAACAAAUAAUAAUCAGGCAAAUACACUGAAAAAUUCUGAGGCAUCCACUGGUAGUACUGGAAAUGUAUUAUCUGCACCUGAUUUGCAAUUAGACUGGGUGUCAGACUCCAGUUCUGAUGACGACAUUCAGGUUUUAGAAGAAGAACAAAAUAGACAAGUGGUAGACUUAACGAAUUCGCCGGGGCGUAACGCCCAGUCGGGCGAGGAGGGAGCGACGGAACCGCCCGCGGGCGCCGUGCGCUCCCCGCGCCCGCUGUUCGAGUCCGUGCCGCACCGCGAGCCGCCCCUCUACCACACGCCGCCUGUGCCCUCGCAUCCCCAUCUGCUGCAUCAAAGGAGAUUGCGGUGCAUGGUGGCGUGUCGCGGAUGUUGCUGCGCGCCGCACGCUCGCGCGCCGCACGCACACCCGCACACGCACGCGCACUCGCACGCACACGCGCACACGCACGCGCACUCGCACGCACACGCGCACCCGCACGCCACGCCGCCGCACGCGCAUCUAGGUGAACGUCGACGGGAAGGCAUGCCAAUUGCUCCGCCCUAUCUCGUACACGAGCGGCUCUGGCAGCGACAACAACACAUGUUGGAAGUGCAACGGCGCAGCCUAAUGGGCGACAUGGGCGGUUUAGCUUCGGGUUUCUCUCUCUAUCCGCCAUCAUCGUACAUUUCGCCUAGACCUACUACAAUGCUAGCCUUCCCCGAUGAGCUCGAACACAAUGACCUAGCAGCUACGCCUAUGGUCUUAGAUGGCCAGCAUGUACAUCACCACAUGCAUCACUACUUUCAAAUGCCACCGCAUCUUCAUAUCUCCAUUCAACCAUCAGUCACAGGCUCGGGCGCGCUGUCGGCGCUCGUGCGCGCGGGCGCGGGCGAGGAGGGGCGGCGCGCGGCGCGGGGCGCUUCCCGCGCGGUCAUCGAGCGCAACACGUACCGCCACUACUACGCGCGCCCCGCGCCUCACCACCAGGACGAGAAGUGCACCAUCUGCCUCUCUGUCUUCGAGGUCGACUCCGACUGCAGACGCUUACCAUGUAUGCAUCUAUUUCACAUGGAGUGUGUGGACCAAUGGCUCAGCACAAACAAACAUUGUCCAAUAUGCAGAGUCGAUAUUGAGACACAUCUCAACAAGGAUGCUACAUUUUAAAUUGGUGGGGUGCACUUAUAAUGGCCUGCUGCUGUAACUCCAAGCUCUCUUGCUGCAACUCAUGUGUUAAUUGUUUUUGAGUGUUACAAGCUCUGAAAAUAUAAAACAGUCUGUAAAUAAUUCAAUAAAUGUAUAAUAUAAAAUAUUUUGUCUUCAAUGUGUUAAAUGACUAAUUAAUUACUAUAAUGUUUAAUAAGGUGAUUUUUGUUGGAAUGUAAGUCUAGAGGAAUUUUAUUGAUAAGAAAUGUAAAAUGUUUGGCUGUUAUAGGAGUUUGAAUAAUUGUUUUAUUUUAUCUUACAGCUGGUAUCUGUUACAUCUGUUUGACUAAUAUUCACUUCCUAUGAUAGCCGAUGAUAAUUUAUGUGAUAUGUUUGAGAUUUGGUUAAAUUUUUGGGAGCAAUUGUGUUUUUUAAGUAUAUUGACUGAAGAUUACACUAACUGGUUGUUACAGGACUGACUCAAAUAAAACAUUUUAAAAUUGAUACUCUUGACUCUAGAUUUACCUGUUAUGAAAUUAUUUUUUAGGUUUGUAAUGUACAAUUUGUUAUUUUAAUCUUGCUUGGUUACUUCUAUAUUUAUA